AUGGCUUCUUAUCCCGAGAAGAGUAUCGACGCUCAGCAUGAUGAGACCGUAAGCCCUGAGGCUCUCGCUUCAGAGGCCAAAGUCGCCGCCGAGGCUGAGCAUCAUAUGACUCUCUGGCAAGCUAUCAAGACGUAUCCCAAGGCCAUCGGCUGGUCUGUCCUUUUAUCCACGACGCUCAUCAUGGAAGGCUAUGAUCUUGCUUUACUCGGCAACUUGUACGCUUCUCCUGUGUUUAAUGAGAAGUUUGGCUCGUGGAAUGCUGAGAAGGAGAAAUAUGCCGUUUCUCCUGCUUGGCAAUCUGGUUUAUCCAAUGGUGCUCGUGCAGGCGAGAUCAUUGGUCUCAUCAUCGCGGGUUGGACGUCGGACAGGUACGGCUACAAGAUGACGACCAUCGGCUCCCUCGUCCUCAUGAUCGCGUUCGUCUUUGUUCUCUUCUUCGCUCCCAACAUCAAGAUUCUCGUGCUCGGAGAAGUCCUCUGCGGUAUCCCAUGGGGCGCGUUCCAGAGCGUUACGCCUGCAUAUGCAUCCGAAGUAGCACCGGUCGUUCUGCGACCUUACCUCACGACUUUUAUCAACAUGUGCUGGGUAAUUGGCCAGUUCUUUGCCGCUGCUGUGAACAAAGGUUCUGUUGGGCGCGGUGAUGAGUGGGCUUAUCGCAUUCCUUUUGGUGUGCAGUGGGGUAACCGAGCUGCGGCCAAGAAGUCGCUUUUGAGACUUACUUCGCCCCAACAACCCAACUUUAACGCCGACGAGACGAUUGCUAUGAUUGAGCAUACGAACGAGAUGGAGAAGAACUUGAAGGAGGGAACGACAUAUAAAGACUGCUUCAAGGGUGUUGAUCUUCGCCGAACUGAGAUUGUUGUGGGUAUCUGGCUUGUGCAGACUCUUGGUGGCCAGAACCUCAUGGGUUACUUCUCAUACUUCCUUACCCAAGCCGGUAUGGAUGCAAGCAACUCUUUCUCUCUGUCCAUGGGCCAAUACGCUCUUGGAAUGGUUGGCACCAUGGGUUCUUGGUUCUUGAUGUCCAGGGUUGGUAGACGCACGAUUCACUUCUCAGGUCUAUGCUCUCAACUCCUCAUCCUCAUCAUCGUCGGCUCCCUCUCCUUCUCCAAAGACAACUCCUCCGUCUGGGCUAUUGGCGGCAUGCUCAUUCUCUUCACAUUCGUCUACGACUUCACCGUUGGCCCCGUCACAUACUCCCUCAUCUCCGAGCUCUCGUCGACCCGACUCAAAGCCAAGACUAUCGUAAUGGCUCGCGCCGCCUACAAUGCUAGCAACAUCUUUGUCAACGUUAUGACCAACUAUCAGCUUUCAUCGUCGGCGUGGAAUUGGGGCGCUCGCACUGCCUACUUCUGGGCUGGAACUUGUCUCCUCUCUGCUAUCUGGGUGUUCUUUAGACUUCCUGAACCCAAGGACCGUACUUAUGCUGAGUUGGAUGUUCUCUUUGAGAAGAAGGUUCCUGCGAGGAAGUUUGCCAAGACGCAGAUCGACCCUUAUUCACACUCCGCUACUUCUGAGAAGAAGCUCAACGAGAAGGAGUUGCAUUAG